GGAUGUGGGUUGGAGCGAGAGAGCUUGGUUGAGGAUGUCACGGGGCGACCGAGUAUCUUCCAUGGUGCCGACUGAGACGGUAACCUUCUACCUAGCCAAAUACACGAGGGGCAAACAAACCGCCUGACAUUCUUGGUGAGAUCCGAGUUUGGUGACACGAUACUCCCGUUUUUCCUGUGCCCGGUUAAGUAGCACGAGGCAGAGUCUAGACCUCGAGUGUUUCAGUACUCAGUCUCGGAAGGGAAGUACAGCCUGAUAAUAUGGAUGGGUUGGACUUUCCUUCCUUGGGCACCUUCCCUUUUCUCCAAAUCAUUACCCUCUCCACUGCGACUACCAUCCCAAGUUCCUGAAUUGGAGCAUACUUCUCUCUUUUGAAGAAGACAUAUGUCGUCAUGGAUUCAGUAGCAAAUUGUCUUUUGAGAUUGACCCCAACUUCCCAUUCCUCCCCUCGCUUCGCCCUGACAAUUUGGUUAUUUCACCUUCAGCAUGCUUUGGCUCAACUGUCGGACGCUCCUCCCGCUGCUAAGUUCCUCCGCAGAGGACAUGCCCGAGUUACCGUCUUGGGAAACUAUCUCUACAUCGACGGUGGGGAGAUCUCUCAGCUGGCUAACCCCGGCGGAGGCCCCAUGAAGUCGACUCUCUCCAUAGACAUCUCGAGAUCAUGGUCCGCGCAAACAGUCGAGAUCAAGGCAACACCAAAAGGUGACCACGGCCCUGUCGCGCUCUCAGACGAGACCAUAUGGACAGAUCCCAGCAGUAACGCUUUUCACAUCUUCGGCGGCCGAGCGCCGAACGGCGUCGGCAAAGAAAAUAUUACAAAAGAUAAUGGGAUCUGGAAGUUCACAGCCGACGGAAAAGGCGGUGGCGCCUGGGCAUUGGAGAAAUCCUCCAAUAUUCAUCUGCUCCAGUCAAUCGACCUGACUGAUAGUGCGGCCUUUGCCAGCACCUAUGGCUCAUAA